CCUAGCAGAGACCCAGAGAACGCGUUUGAGAGCGCGGGGCCAUGUUGAAUGCCUUCUCAGCCUCAGCGAGACCACACAGAUGCGUGCAUUCACUCUAUUGAUACAUACGGGGCCAUGUUCAGUAUCAUCACCGUGGGCAGGACCUCGGUGCCCCGCGCCGCACAGGCUGCUCGUCCGUGCGGGCUCGUCGUCACGGGCGCGUCGCCAUCGAGUGGCCGCGGAGCGCAGUUGGGAAUGCUCGCUGAAACGCCUGGGACCUCUAUUCUGCGUGGGAACCCUGCGGCGGACCCACUGUGAUUCUGAGUGCGCUUGACAGGAGGGCAACGGGGGGCGCGAGGGCGGGAUGUAUAUAAGGGUAGGCGGGCAGGAACGACACUCCUCACCAAGAAUCGUCCUUCCCAUCUUUCGUAUUUAACUUCACAGUCUUCCCUCACUUCACGCACACCAUGAAGAGCUUCGCCGUUCUCUCGCUUCUCGUCGCGGCUGCCACCGCCCGCAAGUUCACGGUCAAGAACAACUGCGCGUUCACCGUCUGGCCGGGUCUCUUCACUGACCUGAACGCCGGCUCUGCCGUUCCCGACCACGCCACUGGUUGGGAGCAGGGCGCGGGCGAGGAGGUCUCCUUCGACGUCCCCGACAACUGGACCGCCGGCCGCAUCUGGCCGCGCACGUCCUGCGACUUCAGCACCAACCCGGGCCCGACCUCUUGCGAGACCGGUGGCUGCAACGGCGGCCUCGAGUGCUCCAAGGACGCCGGCACGGGUGUCCCGCCCGCCACUGUUGCCGAGUGGACGCUCAGCGGCGACGGCGACGCGGACUGGUACGAUGUCUCGCUCGUCGACGGCUUCAACAUCCCUGUCGCGGUCACCCCGUCGACCGACUGCCAGGAGGCGUCCUGCCCCGCGGACCUCAACCCGGACUGCCCGGCGGAGCUCCAGCAGACCGGCGCGGACGGCUCUGUCGUCGGCUGCAAGUCCGCUUGCUUCGCCAACCUCGACGGCAACCAGGCCGACUCCGCCAACUGCUGCAGCGGCUCGCACAACACCGCUGAGACCUGCCCGCCCGACGGUGUCCAGUACUACGACUACUUCAAGAACGCCUGCAAGAACUCGUACGUCUACGCGUACGACGAGUCCUCGAAGACGGCCCUCUGGACCUGCCCGACCGCGGACAAGGCUGACUACACCGUCACCUUCUGCCCCUAAGCACUCCCUCAGAUUGUCGCUCCCAUGCAUCGUGAUGAACAUACCAUAGUCAGGGAAGACUCGGUGGAGGACGCCACCUUUAUCCCUAUUUAACGCUUUAUUUAACGAUGAAUGCACAUCACUGUCGUUCGUAAAUGUUUCUGGGAGUGAGAUUGAAC